CUAAAACUUCAAUACAGAAAAAUUAAAUGGUCAAAAAAGAAACAGGAAUGGAACUAUUUUUAAAGGUCGUGUUUGGAAUGAUAUUUGUUUUGACAAUGAUCUCACAAAUUCAAAGUUCUUCUGCGAAUUCAAAACCAAAGAGACUUCAACUACUCAUCAAAGAUAUCAUAGCGCCUAGGGUCAAAAACGCAACUAAAGAGAUGCAAACCAAGUAUCCAUUUAUAACCUCGACGAACGAUCUGCAGGAGACAAUGCUGAUGCUUGGAGUGAUAGUGACGAAAAAGUGCUCUUUAAAUCUGCAAUUGAAAGACAAGCUCACUAACAGCUACUUAAAGCUCUCUAACUACAUCACACCACUGUACAUGGCCUACUCUUAUGAGGAAGCACAUGGGCCCCAGUACACGGUGCUAGCAAGUGUACUCAAGGAGACCAGCUUUUUCCUGAAUAGUACAGUUAGCACUUUAAGACAUGAGCUGCUGAUAAGAGGUCACUCCGUGCCCGCUGGUCAAGUUGUGUUGACGGAGAAGCAAUUAAAUCGAUACACUCGUGGAUAUCUACAAGAGCUUGUCAACCAAAACUGGCUGAACCUUACAAUCACUGACGAUGUCGUGAGGAUUUACCGGAACUACGUCAUCUAUUCCACCUUUCAUGAUGUCAUUACUGAGGUGUACACGUGCGUCUUUGGUGUAUAACGUCAAUCUUUGCUAUGCACUCUGGGAGUGGCACACUAAAUUUAAUUAAUUUUUUUUCUGGUAACCACUAUUAUAAGAAAAUAUAAAGAAAAAUGGAAAUAGUGUUGAUCACUUCUGCGACGAAAUAUAAUUGCUAACAAACGGAAAUUUUACGAAGGUUUCGUGAAAUGAAUCUGCAGCGAACUUCCUCUCUUUAAGUAUAAUAAUGAUAAUGAACAAUUUCUUUCAAAAUUCCUUUGUAAUUGAAUAUCAUAAAUUGUUUGGUGACUGUCAACCGAUAAUUGGACUAUUUGUUAUUACUCUCAGUGAGAGACGAUAUUUAUUACAUUGCGAAAAACUAAUUAUUAUUAUCAACAUUAUUGCUAUGUUAUCAACUGAUCAGGAUCAGUUGUUUUGAUGUGAUACAACUUAUUAUUUAACCUUGUAAAGGAUUUCGAAGUUACAAUAAAUCUA